AUGGUUCCUUCUCCUGUCGUCGCUUUAGGCUUCCUUGGCGCCUUGCAGGGCAGCAGUCCGAUCGUGCAACGGCAGACUACCGGUUGUGCAACGGGCGUGCACAUAAUUGUUGCUCGGGCCAGCACCGAGGAUCCCGGCACUGGUGUUAUUGGUGCGGUCGCGAACAAGAUCCAAGCCCAGAUUCCCGGGUCCGACAUUGUGGCCGUCGACUACCCGGCGCAGCUUAACCCCUAUGUCCCGUCCCAAAAGGCUGGCGUGACCGCUAUGACGAAGCUGGUGCAGGAUUACGCCACGCAGUGCCCACAGACGAAGAUGGUGUUGAUGGGAUAUUCGCAGGGAGCCCACGUCACGGCUGAUGUGCUCUGUGGUACGAGCGAAUCUGGCUUCGAGGCGACGCAGCCUCAAGCCGCCGAUAUUACGGAUAAGGUAUCUGCCGUCGUGCUUAUGGGCGACCCCAGCCACGUUGCCGGCCAGCCAUUCAACCAGGGCACCAGCCAAAAGGAUGGAGUCUUCCCAAGAAAGGAUAAUGCUGCAUGCGGCGCGGUUGCCAACAAAAUGACCUCGUUCUGCGACAGUGGCGACCCAUUCUGCGACAACGGUGGCGAUAUUCAGGUCCAUCUUGGAUACGUGAAGAAGAACGGCGACGAUGCCGUUAAAUUCAUCAUGGAUAAGGUUAACGCAGGCGGAGCUAAGCCCGGAAACUCGACUGCCGCAUAA